GCCUUCGCCUACCUGCCGCCAUGGACACGAGUCACGUGCAGCCUAUCAAGCUGGCCCGCAUCACCAAAGUACUAGGCCGCACCGGGUCCCAAGGCCAAUGCACGCAGGUCUGCGUGGAGUUCAUGGACAACACCAGCCACUUCAUCAUCUGCAACAUCAAAGGCCCCGUUUGUGAAGGAGACAUCCUCAACCUUCUGGGGUCCAAGCAAGAGGCCCAGAGCCUGUGCUGA